AUGGAUAUUAUCCGACAUAGAUUGGGGGCUUUCCCCAUUUCGCACAUUUUCACCGUGAGGACGCGGAUGCCCGUAUCGACGCCGUUACGAUGCCCACGACUAUCGCCGCAACGAAAGCUCUGGCGUUCGAAUUCCACGCUUGCCAUUCCUUUGCAUAGACCUACGGAGCCGGAGCGGCUAAGUAUAGUUCUCCGUGACUAUCAGGAAGAAUGUAUACAGUCGGUUUUGAGAUAUGUGGAUGAGGGGCAUAAGCGGUUGGGGAUAUCUCUUGCGACGGGUGCUGGGAAGACGGUCAUCUUCACACAACUAAUCGGCCGAAUCCCUCCGCGCAACGAAUAUGGCGACAAAACCCUCAUCAUCGUCCACCGUCGCGAACUCGUCGAACAAGCAGCCCACCACUGCCGCCUCGCAUACCCAGACAAAACGGUUGAAGUCGAAAUGGGAAAUAGCCAUUACAAAGGCUACGCAGAUAUUUGCGUAGCGUCGAUUCGGAGUCUAACAUCCAGAGACCGGAUCGAAAAGUUCUUCCCGGGCCGGUUCAAGCUCAUCCUCGUCGACGAGGCACAUCAUAUCGUUGCGAAAUCAUACCGCGAGGUGCUGGGAUAUUUCGGGCUGAAUGAACCAACAGAAGACUCCCCUGUGUUGAUCGGUGUAUCUGCGACGUUUUCAAGGCCAGACGGGUUGAAGUUGGGGGCUGCGAUUGAUCAUAUCGUUUAUCAUAAGGAUUAUAUGGAUAUGAUCGAUGAGCGGUGGCUUGCUAAUGCGGUUUUCACGACUGUACGGUCUGAGGCGAAUUUGACAAAGGUUAAAAGGGAUAAAUUCGGAGACUUCCAGCUUGGGUCGCUCUCCCAAGCGGUCAAUACGGACAGCACGAAUAACAUCACUGUUCGCGCGUGGUUGGCUAACGCGCAUGACCGAAAGUCGACACUUGUUUUCUGCGUGGACAUAGACCAUACAAAGUUGUUAACCGAAACGUUUCGCCAGUAUGGCAUCGACGCGCGAUAUAUCACCUCCGGAACCUCCAAAGAAGUCCGAGCAGAACAACUCCGAGCAUUCAGGAAUCAAGAAUAUCCCGUCCUAGUGAACUGCGGCCUCUUUACAGAAGGCACAGAUAUCCCUAACAUCGACUGCGUCUUAUUAGCGAGACCAACCCGAUCCAGAAACCUCUUAAUCCAGAUGAUAGGCCGCGGCCUGCGUCUCUUUCCUGGCAAAGAAAACUGUCACAUCAUCGACAUGGUCGCCACCCUCGAAACAGGCGUUCUCUCAACCCCAACCCUAUUCGGCCUACACCCAGACGAGGUCCUCGAAAAAUCCACCGUAAAACAACUCCGCGAAACCAAAGAUGAGCAACUCGCACGCAUCGACCACGAAGCGCGAGAAGAAGAACGACGCGCAAACGACACCCAAUCACCCCUAGGAAGCGAAAAAGAACCUUCCCUAAAUGGAGACAUCAACGUCAAAUUCACCCGCUACGACAGCAUCACAGACCUCCUCAGCGACAUGCGCAGUGAUAAACACAUCCGCUCCCUCUCCCAGUACGCCUGGGUCCGCGCCGGCGAUGACCGCUACGUCCUCUCUGGCCUGAACGGCUGGGUAACCAUCGAAAAGGGCAUCCCCGAUCCCAAUGCCAAAGGCAGACCCAAAUCACGACACACAAACACCAUCGUCACAGCCGCUGACUCAGACGAGAUAUACACCGUCCACCACGUAAUCAAAUAUCAAGGCGCCGCGGGCGAACACCGCUACUCGCGACCCAGACUCAUCGCCCAAGCACCCAACCUCGAAUACGCCGUCGACUCCGCAGAUACCUUCGCGGGAGCGACAUUCGCAAAACACUAUAUUUCCGUACGCCAGCCGUGGCGCAAUGCCCCCGCUACACCAUCACAACUUGGCAUGCUUAACCGUGCGAAUCUGAAGAGCGGGGGACGCUUGAAGCCUGAGCAUAUGAAUAGAGGCCAGGCAGCGGAUAUGAUCACCAAGUUGAAAUUCGGGGGCAAGAAGAGGUUCAACGCGAUGAUGAAGCAGAGGUUGAAGAAGGAGGAGAAGGUGGGGGAGGUUAGAGAGAUAAGGAGGACGGGGAUGGGGGUUGGCGACGUUAGGGUUGGGCCAGUUAUGACCUGA